AUGCCUACCUUUGAUGCCGCACGAUCUCAACUUCGUAAUGAAGAAAUAAGACGAUCACAGCAUUCAAUCGCAGCAUCUCCAACUGCCCUAGCUGCUGCUUCUUCUCCAACGAACAGACCAAGCUCCCGUUCUCAUCCGCACUCCAGCAAACGUGGUCAAAAGGCCCAGUCUGGUGACAGGCGUUCUGGACCAAUCCCAAGUACGUCUUCUACUGCAAUCCCACCACUGCUGCCGACUCCAACUGGUCUACGUCCCUUCAUGCCAGGAUACCCACCGUACUGGCCACCAUUUUGGGUCGUCCCACCCUGCCCCUAUCCUACUCAGUCUCCCUGGCAGCCAUUUGAGCAUCAAUGCAGACCACCCAGUACCAACUUCCGCAACAACCAACGUGUUCGUUCCCCUGGAAGUGGUCGUGGACAAGCAUACCUUGCUCCUAUAAUUGAAUCAUUGCAACCAGCAGACAUUGCUGAGGCGUAUAGCUCCAUGCAUCUCCAACAACCUGAUGAUGCCUUCCACAUGGACACCGGUGCCACUUCGCAUCUUACCGCUGAUUCAGCUACUUUACAUAACGUUUUCAAUUCUAGCAAUGUACGAUCCAUCUUAGUUGGCAAUGGCAAUAGCAUUCUAGUUACGGCUAGUGGUACCAAGCUUAUAACCCUUCCUUCUCGCACUCUUCAACUCAAAAAAUCUCUUGUUGUUCCCGAUAUCAUUAAAAACUUAAUUUAUGUUCGUAAGUUCACCACUGAUAAUCGUGUAUCUGUUGAGUUUGAUCCUUCUGGUUUUUCUGCCAAGGAUCUGAGUUCGAGGAAGAUUAUCCUUCGAUAUGAUAGUUCUGGGGAGCUCUACCCUAUCACCAGCCCUGUCGUUCCACCUACAAAAUCGUCUCAGUCUUCUCCCAUUUCCCUUGCUGUUUUUUCGCCAGAUAUUUGGCAUAGCCGCCUUGACCACCCUGGCAAGGCCAUUUUAGAUGUCUUACCAAAAAUAAUUUUAUUCAUUGUAAUAAGAAUAAUUCUUCUCAACUUUUUCAUUCAUGUCAAGUUAGUAAACAUGUUCGAUUACCAUUUUAUGAAUCUAAUUCCAUUACUUUAG